AUGUCCAACGCACUCUUGCUACGUCUCUUUACAUCCGAAUUCUUCAACUCGUGGAUUGCAGUGUCGUACCUGUUUAGAUACUCUGAUAAUGUAGGCAUCCAGCACUAUCUCUGCAAUGAAUUAAAGGGCUUUCCGAUAUCAGAAAUUGAGUUCUUUUUACCGCAAUUAAUCCAUCUCUUAAUUACAAGACCUUCGGAAUCAGUGGCGCUGGAAUGUUUCCUGAUUGAAAUGUGUGAAAAGUCAACCCACAUUGCACUCAUGUCUCUAUGGUAUCUACAAGCUUACCUCGCUGAUCUGUCAACGCAUCCUGCUAGUCCAUCGUUCAACCUAUGCAAGCGUCUAUUGAACAGAUCUCAAGCCAUUGUGUUCUCUGAAGACAGCGACGAUGACGACGAUGAUGAAGAGGCUGAUCCCUCCAGAUACAACACUGAAAAAGUGCAUGAACAUGCCUUACCGGCUCUUGUAGGCAUGGGUGCCAUGUUGCUCGGUAUAGGACAACCUCUUAUGACUAAACCAGCAGGUAGAAUUGCAAUUGCUCAGGGGCGCAGAAACAGGACAUUCAGUACUACAUCUUCCUCCAACACGACUGCAUUGACACGAAGAAACACUACCGAGGACUCCUCCUCUUCUGCCACGUCUUCCUUAUCUGCUACUGCUGCCAAUAGCAAAGAUCAACUCAAAGUGCCACUGCCAUCAUCAACGCAUUCCAGCUACAUCUCCACCUCGCAACCAGAUCUUCCACUGCCCCACCACAGCAAAAAGAAGUUCAACCCAUUCACAAGCUCUCCAUCGUUGGAAGAUCUGCACCGUGGCAAGGCAUUUUCUGUGGGCCGGUACAUCAAGAACGCACACCAUAAAUUAAACCGAAAAAUGAUGAUGAGCGAGGAGAGGAAAUCCACAUCUUCAUCCACCUCUUUGUCGGUAUUCGAUCCCGCCCUGACUGCACUCGGACAAUCUUCAGUGCCAACCAAUACAGCACCCUUAUCGCCCGCUUUGUCGCAAUGCUCGGCGGACAUGGAUAUGGUAGUUACUUUGGACGAACAAGAUUCGGAUCAGGAACAGCAGAAACAACAACAAAAGGAGGAGCAACGAAAGCAAAAGCGCAAAAGCCGUCAAUCCCUGUUACGUAGCAACUACUUUAGAUCAGAGAUGCAGUUUGUAUUGGCUCUGGUGGACAUUGCGACUCGAUUAGUGAUGGUGCCCAAGGAAGCCCGUAUGAGUGCACUGCAUGCUGAACUGACGCUACUGAACCACAACCUACCAGCAGAGAUUUGUCUGCCAUUAUGGUGCCCUGCUACAGCGGAAAAGCCUCACCAUCAUCGCGUCGUUCGUAUCAGUCCAUCCGACGCCGUUGUACUCAACUCUGCUGAACGUGCUCCCUACUUGCUGAUGAUUGAAGUCUUGGAUGAUGAGAUGAACUUUGAAAACGACGAUUACAAUUCUGCACUGUAUCGCGCAGCGCGACGUAAGCAUGCCAAUCGCCAAUCCAUCAUGAGUACAUCCUCCUCCACAACGACGACGAGCAGUGUUUCCAUGGCAACCCAGAACGAAGACGAUAAAAGAUCCAUCACAUCGACCACUGCACCUGUCAAAGUGACAGUACUCAAUACAAAUGACAGUAGUAGCCGACGCAACUCUAGAUCAGCUGAUGACUAUGCUGAGCGUAUGCGUACAGCAGCUGUCAUGCUGGCCCAGUUACAACCACCCAACGCAACUGCACCUUACAAGCAGAAUACAGAGCAGAUCAGGCAACGUAUUAUCAAGGAAAUGAUUGCUUUGGAGGAGCAACGUAUGCAAAAGAUGAAGACGGAAGGUGUCAGCAGUGGUGUCGGCGGAGGAGGCGGUGAAGGUGCUGGUGGAGACAUGUUGGAAGAUGAACAACGUAUUGCUUGGGUAGUCAACAAGGAGGAUCCAAGUGCUGCUGUGCUAUCAGAGGAUUGGGAGACAAAGAAGGCUCGUUUGCGUCAAGCCUCGCCCUACGGCCAUUUGCCAAAUUGGAGACUCAUGUCCGUCAUUGUAAAGCAAGGUGCUGAUCUUCGCCAAGAGCAAUUUGCCAUCCAGUUGAUUAGAGAAAUGCAACGUAUUUGGGAGGACACCAGUGUGGAUGUGUGGGUAAAAUAUUUCCGAGUGUUGGUUACAUCAGAUUCGUCUGGAUUGAUUGAAACACUCAGAAACACAAUCUCGAUCCAUUCGAUCAAGAAAGAUGCCUAUACAAGAGGAUGGAAUGAACAGGGAGCAGUGUUUACUUUGUACGAUUAUUUUGAAAAGCUUUGGGGUCCUCCUGAUUCAGAUGAUUUUAUAAAGGCGCAGGACGCUUUCAUGCGUAGUUUGGCAGGCUACUCUGUUGCUUGUUACGUGUUGCAGAUCAAAGAUAGACACAAUGGCAAUCUACUGAUUGAUGAAGCUGGUCAUUUGAUUCACAUUGAUUUUGGUUUUAUGCUCUCCAAUUCACCUGGUUCUGUCGGCUUUGAAAUGGCACCCUUCAAACUACCACAAGAAUACAUUGACAUCUUGGGCGGUGUACAUGGAGAAAAGUUUGCUGAAUACAAGGCCUUAAUGAAGGCAGCGUUUUUGGCCGUACGCAAACACAGUGAAAACAUUUUGUUGUUGACUGAAAUGAUGAGCAAGGAUUCCAAGUUGCCUUGCUUCCAGAAUGGUGAUAUGACUGUGCCUCAGUUACGGGACCGAUUCCAGUUGCAAUUAACAGAGCCUCAGGCAGAAGAGUUUGUGGACAAGUUGAUUAUGAGUAGCUGCUGUAACGUGUUUACACGACUGUAUGAUACGUUCCAGUACUAUUCUCAAGGAAUUUUGUAG